AUGGAGUCUUCCGAUGCACAGAAUUUAAAAAUUACACAAAGCACAGCAAAUGAACAAGGAGUGCGUAAUGAUACACAUACUAACAUAUUACAAGAGAACUAUGCUGAAUCUAGCAACAAUGUAGGCAAAACCAAUCCAUUGGAAGGAUAUUAUACAGUAACACAGGACGAUAGUAGACCAAUAGAUGCUAACAAUAUUCCGUAUAUAAUUCCCGACAUGAAUGACUCUGGGAUGGUAGUGGACCCGACAACAAUGCAAGCAGCUUCAGUAAUCAAUCAGAGUUUGAUGUAUCAAAACCAUGGUGUUCCAACAGAUUAUCCUUAUCAAAUGUUUAAUGGAAUGAACACAAUGUACAAUGGAAUACCUCAAUAUUAUGGAGGAGUGAACAUGCCAAUGAAUCCAUAUUAUGACCCAUAUGGAAUCAUUAACCCGUUAUCAUGUGCACCCAUAAAUUUAGAAAAAAACAAAAAGAGAAGCAAGAAAUUUUAUUGCUGUUGA